CCCGGGCCAGGCUCGGAGGCGCGGAGGCACUGGGAAGCGUCAUGCAAUGCCUGGGAAUCCCGAGCCGGAGCCGCUCGAGAGAGCUCCAGCUGCAGGAGCAGAGCCUCAGGGUGGCGGCGCUCAAUGGGCAGAGGCUGGGCCUACAGGAUGACAAGGACCUACAGGCACUGCUAAAGGGCAGCCAGCUCCUGAAGGUGAAGUCCAACUCAUGGCGGAGAGAGCGUUUCUACAAGUUGCAGGAAGACUGCAAGACCAUCUGGCAGGAGUCCCGCAAGGUCAUGCGGACCCCGGAGUCCCAGCUGUGCCUGAGCUCCAGCCCUGGCUCUGUGUCCCCACACUGUGCCCUGGCCGCACCAGGGGCAGGGACUGGCCUCGCAGCUCUGCCACCUAUCCCCUUCUUGCAGUCUCCAUUGAGGACAUUCAGGAGGUGCGGAAGGGGCACCGCACGGAGGGCAUGGAGAAGUUUGCCCGGGAUGUGCCCGAGGACCGCUGCUUCUCCAUUGUCUUCAAGGACCAGCGCAACACACUGGACCUCAUAGCGCCAUCGCCGGCCGAGGCCCAGCACUGGGUGCAGGGUCUGCUCAAGAUCAUCCACCACUCGGGCUCCAUGGACCAGAGGCAGAAGCUGCAGCACUGGAUUCACUCCUGUUUGCGAAAAGCUGACAAAAACAAAGACAACAAGAUGAGCUUCAAGGAGCUGCAGAACUUCCUGAAGGAGCUCAACAUCCAAGUGGAUGACAGCUAUGCCCGGAAGAUCUUCAGGGAAUGUGACAACUCCCAGACGGACUCCCUGGAGGAUGAUGAGAUUGAGGCCUUCUACAAGAUGCUAACCCAGCGGGAGGAGAUUGAUCGCACCUUUGCUGAGGCAGCGGGUUCCGGGGAAAUGCUGUCGGUGGAUCAGUUAGUGACGUUCCUGCAGCACCAGCAGCGGGAGGAGGCGGCAGGGCCUGCACUGGCCCUCUCCCUCAUUGAGCGCUAUGAGCCCAGUGAGACUGCCAAGGCGCAGCGGCAGAUGACCAAGGACGGCUUCCUCAUGUACCUGCUGUCCGCCGACGGCAGCGCCUUCAGCCUGGCGCACCGGCGGGUCUACCAGGACAUGGGCCAGCCGCUCAGUCACUACCUGAUGUCCUCCUCGCACAACACCUACCUGCUGGAAGACCAGCUCACGGGGCCCAGCAGCACCGAAGCCUACAUCCGGGCGCUGUGCAAAGGCUGCCGCUGCGUGGAGCUCGACUGCUGGGACGGCCCCAACCAGGAGCCGAUCAUCUACCACGGCUACACAUUCACCUCCAAGAUCCUCCUCUGCGACGUGCUCAGGGCCAUCCGGGACUACGCCUUCAAGGCGUCCCCCUACCCCGUCAUCCUGUCCCUGGAGAACCACUGCAGCCUGGAGCAGCAGCGUGUGAUGGCGCGACACCUGCGCACCAUCCUGGGCCCCAUGCUGUUGGACCGGCCGCUGGACGGGGUCACCACCAGUCUGCCUUCCCCUGAGCAACUGAAGGGGAAGAUCUUGCUGAAGGGGAAGAAGUUGGGGGGGCUCCUGCCCCCUAGCGGGGAGGGUGGCCCUGAAGCCACUGUCGUGUCUGAUGAGGAUGAGGCUGCUGAGAUGGAGGAUGAGGCCGUGAGGAGCCGUGUGCAGCGCAAGCCCAGGGAGGACAAGCUCAGGCUAGUGAAGGAGCUCUCCGAUAUGGUCAUUUACUGCAAGAGUGUCCACUUUGGGGGCUUCUCCAGCCCUGGCACCCCAGGGCAGGCUUUCUAUGAGAUGGUGUCCUUCUCUGAGAACCGCGCCCUCCGACUGCUCCAAGAAUCGGGAAACAGCCUUGUUCGCCACAACGUCAGUCACCUGAGCAGGAUCUACCCUGCUGGGUGGAGAACAGACUCCUCCAACUACAGCCCCGUGGAGAUGUGGAACGGGGGCUGCCAGAUCGUGGCCCUGAAUUUCCAGACCCCUGGCCCAGAGAUGGAUGUGUACCAGGGCCGCUUCCAGGACAAUGGGGCCUGUGGCUACGUGCUGAAGCCUGCCUUCCUGCGAGACCCGAACUCUACCUUUAACUCACGUGCCCUGGCUCAGGGGCCCUGGUGGACCCGGAAGCGGCUCAGUGUCAGGGUCAUCUCUGGGCAGCAGCUGCCGAAAGUCAACAAGAAUAAGAAUUCAAUCGUGGAUCCCAAGGUGACGGUGGAGAUCCACGGUGUGGGCCGGGACGUGGCCAGCCGCCAGACUGCCGUAGUCACCAACAACGGUUUCAACCCGUGGUGGGACACGGAGUUUGUGUUUGAGGUGGUUGUGCCUGAGCUCGCCCUCGUGCGCUUCUUGGUGGAGGAUUAUGACGCAUCCUCUAAGAACGACUUCAUUGGCCAGAGCACCAUCCCCUUGGGCAGCCUCAAGCAAGGAUACCGCCAUGUCCACCUCUUGUCAAAGAACGGAGACCAGCACCCAUCUGCCACCCUCUUUGUGAAGGUGUCUCUCCAGGACUAGGUUUGGGGGUUCUGAUGGGGGCUGCCCCAGGCACACGCGGCCCUCUGUCCCCAUGUAGGGACAGGGCUCGUGAGGCUGCUCCCCACCUCUCACUUGGAGCUAGAGGCCCCGCACUGCCUUCAGCUCUAACAGACGUCUGUGCUGCUGCCUCCCUGGGGUCCCAGGAGCUAGCUCAGUCCCUGGAGCUCUCUUGAUUCCGUUAGGAAAAACACUGCAGCCCUCUGUCCUCUGGCCUGGCCCUGGGUUGAGGGUUUUUAUAAAAGUUAGAAGACUAAGUCCUGUGGUCUCUUUACCUGAAUGCCAGAAAGUCCCUAUAAAGGGCACCUGUGUGUG